CUUAAUCAAGAAAAGAUGAAGUUCCUUUUGUUGCUUCUCUUCUGUCACAUUUCAUCUGCAGUGAAACACUCCCUGAUGUUUUUCAUAACUGCGUCAUCUGGAGUCCCAAACUUCCCAGAAUUUCUUGCUGCUGCAGUGGUUGAUGAACUUCUGAUAGGUUACUGUGACAGCAACAAAAACACAGUAGAACCAAAACAGGACUGGAUGAAAAAUCUUUUACAAAACUUUCCCGAGCACUUGGAGCGGUACACCCAAGAGUGUACUGAGGGCCAGCCAAACUUCUUCAAAGCCACCAUGUAUGGUUUAAAGCAGCGCUUCAACCAAACCAGAGGCAUCCAUAUUUUACAGCAGAUGUUUGGCUGUGAGUGGGACAAUGAGACUGGAGAGGUUAAUGGUUUAUUGCAGUACAGUUACAAUGGCAAAGACUUCAUAUCUUUGGACCUGAAGACAUUGACAUGGAUCGCUCCAACACCACAGGCUGUCAUCACCAAACUGAGAUGGGAUACUGAAAAAGUUAGAAUAAAAUACAAUGAAAAUUACAUCACACAAAUUUGUCCUGAGUGGCUGAAGAUGUAUGUGGCCUUUGGCAAGAGCUCUCUGCUGAGAACAGACCUUCCCUCAGUGUCUCUCCUCCAGAAGUCUCCCUCCUCUCCAGUCAGCUGCCACGCUACAGGUUUCUACCCUGACAGAGCCAUGAUGUUCUGGAGGAAAGAUGGAGAGGAGAUUCAUGAGGACGUGGACCACAGAGAGAUCCUCCCCAACCAUGAUGGAUCCUUCCAGAUGAGUGUUGACCUGAACCUUUCAUCAGUCCCACCUGAAGACUGGAGGAGGUACGACUGUGUGUUUCAUCUCUCUGGUGUCAAGGAUGACAUCAUCACCAAACUGGACAAAGCAGUGAUCAGGACCAACUGGGAGAAGCCUUCUGACAUGACCAUUACCAUCCCUGCUGCAGUGGCUGUUCUUGCUGUCGUCCUCAUGGCUGCCACUGGAUUCACUGUUUACAAAAAGAAGAAAGCUGAAUGUCCUCCAUCUCCCGACAACAGCUCUGAGCUCUCUGAGAAACUGAAUCCAGAGACCUGA